AUGGUCAAACGAGUGAUUCUUAGGAAAAGAUGCCCAUAUCACACUAAGUCCCACAAGAUCAGACAAGUCAAAACACCAGGUGGCCGUCUUCUUGUUCACUACGUUAAAAAAAUCGCUAAAGGCCCACACUGCAAAGAAACAGGAGAGCGCUUAGCAGGUAUCCCAGCCUUAAGACCUAAAGAAUACUCAAGAAUCAACAAAAAAGACAGAACAGUCUCCAGAGCCUACGGUGGAGUAUUGUCCCAUAAAACCGUCAAAGAUAGAAUUAUUCGAGCUUUUCUUACAGAAGAAGUCAAGGUCAUCAAGAAGAAAAUGCAACAGCAAAAAAAGGCCAAGUAA